ACCAGGACUACUGAUCUGUGAUGAAAACGGGAAGGCCGUCCUCCAAAUACAGGAAUCUUUAGCUCAGUAUAGUAAAAAGCGGAUUCCACAACCCUUCUGUUGGAGACGACCUGAGACUCAGUCAGAAUCAGUCUCUGACAGCAGCAGCAAAGGGAGGCACAAGAUAACGUCCAGGGGUGUGGUUAAGGUCCAUAAAGUCACUACAGGAGAAACAUUUGGAGCAGAUGAAGGUCUACUGAGAAAAAUGACAGAUGGGCUACAUGUGAAUUUCGCAAGCCCAGAGGAGAGUGAUGUCAUCAUUGUCUUCUGUCCAAUCAGCUCUCGUGUUGGGUCAGAUGUGGAAGCAGCCAUGAAGGAGGUUUCAGAUAAUAAAAAGAUCAUUCUGGUUGUGAUGCAUCACACCCGAGAUGUCGACUACUCAACCAGUGGGAGAAGUUGGUCUGAGACCUUCAGGAAUGUUGUCCUGGAUGUUGAUGUCCUCUUCCACGAGACUGUACCAGGACUACUGAUCUGUGAUGAAAACAGGAAGGCCGUCCGCAAAAUACAGGAUGCUUUAGCUCAGUAUAAUAAUAGUGUUGGCAUUUUUGAUCAGUACAUAAAGUGGAUUCCACAAUCCUUUGGUUGGAGACGACCUGCGGCCCCUGCCCAGGACUCUGCCGGCUCUGCGGCCCCUGUUAGCUUUUUUGAUCAGUACAAAAAGUGGAUUCCACAACUCUUCUGUUCGGGACGACCUGAGACUCAGUCAGAAUCAGUCUCUGACAGCAGCAGCAAAGCAUCAGUUAAGGUCUAUAAAGUCACUACAGGAGAAACAUUUGGAGCAGAUGAAGAUCUACUGAGACAAAUGACAGAUGGGCUACAUGUGAAUUUCACAAGCCCAGAGGAGAGUGAUGUCAUCAUUGUCUUCUGUCCAAUCAGCUCUCGUGUUGGGUCAGAUGUGGAAGCAGCCAUGAGGGAGGUUUCAGAUGAUAAAAAGAUCAUUCUGGUUGUGAUGCAUCACACCCGAGAUGUCGACUACUCAACCGGUGGGAGAAGGUGGUCUGAGACCUUCAGGAAUGUUGUCCUGGAUGUUGAUGUCCUCUUCCACGAGACUGUACCAGGACUACUGAUCUGUGAUGAAAACGGGAAGGCCGUCUUCCAAAUACAGGAUGCUUUGGUUAAAGUACUCAACGCGGCCCCUGCCCAGGACUCCGCCGCCCCUGCCCAGGACUCUGCCGGCUCCGCGGCCCCUGCCCAGGACUCUUCCCGCUCCACCGCACCUGCCCAGGACUCCGCCGGCUCCGCAUUCCCUGCCCAGGACUCCGCCUGCUCCGCCGCACCUGCCCAGGACUCCGCCGGCUCUGCUGCCCCUGCCCAGGACUCUGCCGGCUCCGCAUUCCCUGCCCAGGACUCUGCCGGCUCUGCUGCCCCUGCCCAGGACUCUGCCGGCUCCGCAUUCCCUGCCCAGGACUCUGCCGGCUCCGCAUUCCCUGCCCAGGACUCUGCCGGCUCCGCGGUGCCUGCCCAGGACUCCGCCGGCUCCGCGGCCCUUGCCCGGGACUCUGACGACUCUGCGGCCCCUGCCCGGGACUCUGACGGAUCUGCGGCCCCUGCCAAGAACUCUGACGGCUCUGCGGGCCCCUGCCCAAGAUUUUGA